UAGGAACGUAGUUGUACCUCAAAAAUGGAUGCAGAUGGCGCAUCGAACAGCGUGAAAAUCGGUGUCGGCCAAAACUUAUGGCGUGGCCGUUCUUAGGUUUCUCUCUGCUUUAGUUCGUAGUGUCCUGUACCGUUUAAGUCUUGCCGCAAUGAAGUUAAACGUAUCAUAUCCUGCGACAGGAUGUCAGAAACUGUUCGAGAUUUCGGAUGAGCACAAGCUCAGAAUGUUUUACGAAAAGCGUAUGGGUGCUGAGGUUGAAGCCGACGCACUUGGAGAUGAGUGGAAGGGAUACGUUGUUCGCAUCGCCGGCGGCAACGACAAACAAGGCUUUCCGAUGAAGCAAGGUGUUCUAACAAAUGGUCGUGUCCGUUUAUUGCUGUCAAAGGGACACUCUUGCUAUAGACCCAGGCGUGAUGGAGAGCGCAAACGCAAAUCAGUUCGAGGUUGCAUCGUGGACUCGAACUUAUCUGUAUUGGCUCUUGUUAUAGUUCGAAAAGGAAAACAGGAAAUUCCAGAGUUAACGGACAAGAACGUGCCGCGUCGUUUAGGACCAAAGAGAGCGAGCAAAAUUCGCAAGCUCUUCAAUCUAUCUAAAAAGGAUGACGUCCGCCAAUUUGUGGUGAAACGUCCCGUACAGAAGGAAGGCAAGAAGGAGCGAUUGAAGGCGCCAAAAAUUCAACGCCUUAUUACUCCAGUUGUCCUUCAGAGGAAAAGACAUAGAUUGGCGUUGAAGAAGAAGCGUUGCCUGGCACGUAAGGAGCAGGCUGCUGAAUACGCAAAACUCUUAGCGCAGAGACAAAAAGAGGCAAAAAACAGACGCCAAGAGGAGUUAAAGCGAAGGCGCAGCGCCUCUAUGCGCGAUUCGAAAUCGUCCAGCCAGUCGGCACCUACAUCGUAAAAGUAAAACGUCUGGAUGUUCAAUAUAUUAAUAAAUUAAUAAAAAUACUCCAAAUUAUAUAUAUAUAUAUAUUUCCGUUUCGACCUUAAGAUCCGUUCAUAUGUAAUACGAAAUAUAAAGAACAUAAUACGAUUAA